AAUGUUUAUCACUAAUCAGCAGAUACUUGUUGUUGCCGUUGCCGGUCGUCUCGUAUUUUAUAAGGCCUUAUAAAAUAUUUAUACAAAAAAUUAUUAAAAUUCACAGUGAAAGUAGUACUAGUCAAUAUAUUUCUAAUAAUCCAAACACCAAAAGAAGAAAACGGCUCAGUUUCAAAGAGGUUAAUAGCAGAAACUGCGGGAAUACCAUAUACAUAUAACCAUAACUGAUCUUGUGCAGCAACAGGCCGAACCAUGGCAACAGUGGCCUUGCUAGCACGGUUUUUGGGAAACAAUCCCUUGAAACAGCGGAAUUUUGUGUGUCUGCGGAUGUUACAAAGGCAAUCCAGCUUCUCUUUGUGCCACAGCCAUAGCCAGAGUCAUGCACGAUGUCUGAGUCUAAGUCUAAGGUCCAACUUCAGUUGCAGCUCCUGUAACAGUCCUGGUGAUCAUAAUAAUAGCAGGAGAAAUAUACUAAGUCCCCUAGUUUCCAGCAAAUUUAGUACUAAAUCAUCAAGCACGCAAUGCCAUAAACCGGAGACAAAGAAUUCAUCCCCGGCAAGCCCAUCUACCACGGAAAAUGAUCUCUUUGGUGAAGCGGCUAAUAUGGGUCUCUUUGCCAAAUUUAAGCACAUGUAUAAACAAUAUUGGUAUGUUUUGAUACCAGUUCAUGUGGUGACGUCUAUUGGAUGGUUUGGUGGCUUCUACUAUUUAUCCAAAAGUGGUGUAGAUAUUCCAGCAUUGCUCCAAUAUAUCCCCCUGAGUGAGAGCGCCCUAGAAAGCAUUCAGGGAUCCGAUAUGGGCCACUAUGCUUUUGCCUAUUUGUUUUAUAAAUUGAUGACACCUGUGCGUUAUGCAUUAACUUUAGGCUGCACCACUGUUUCCAUAAAGUAUCUAGUUCAACGAGGCUACAUCAAACCGAUACCCACCAGAAAUGAAUUGAUCAAAAUGUAUGAAGAUAAGAAAGCCACACGUGCUAGCGCCAAAGCGGAUAAGGCAGAAAAGGCCGAAAAAGAGAAAAAUCGCAAAUGAUGUCGCCAUUUAGAUGGGCGGCAUGCCGACGAUCCUGGAUCCUGAUAUUGAUAGUUGUUACUGCCGAUCAUAGUGUUUUUUCCAGCUUUAAGAUUACCAGUUCGACUUGUUGUUGCCUUUUGUUAAUUAGUUAAACUGUAUAAGCUUUCAACUGGAGCUGGGCAAAUGGUUGGCCUUGUCUCUUGGUUUUGGAUCGAUUGUUCCAAGACUGACUCUGCAGAUUUGCAUAAUUUCAACUUUAACAUAUACUUACACCUAAAAAAUAUUUUCAUAGUUUUUGACCCGCCCUCUUCUACCUGCCUGUUGUUUAGUUAUGAAAUCACAAAGGCCGCGGCUACACAAAUAAUAUUCAUACUGAAAAGUGUAAUUGUUACAUAUAUGCAAUAUUAUAUAUAUUUUGUAAAAUUAAAUAUAGAAUGACAAUGUUGUCUAAUGUGUGAGUAAAACUUAACAUUUAUUAAAUGAGAAAAUAAAAUUAAGAAAUAACCGUUGAA